AUGCUUGGAAACGGGUCAGGCUAUAGUCUUUCAUCGAUUAGUGCUUUUAGUUGGGUCUUGAAGAAUCCAGAUACGGGGCAGGACAAAACCUCAUUAACCUCGACUAUCACGUUUUCGGCCUACUUGAACACCAGCCUCGGCAACAUUACUGUUCUAGAUAUUCAGCUUGCGGGACGACAAAGCAAGAUCCUGGUUACUGACUAUAAGUUCGGUAACCGGAAUCUUCCCUAUUCGUCUACCGGGGAAUUUGCCUUCAAGACGUUGAAGAACUUGACAUUUGAGAUAUACGGCGCGUCUUCCAAAAUCAAGUAUACACAGGCUAAAGGCUCUACAAUCCUUCGGUUCUUAAAUGGGUACUUCUGGGCUCCGUUAAUAUCGAUAUAUCUAUCUCUAAAGCCCGAUCAAAGAUAUUCAUCCUCGGCCCGUAUCUGGUUCGCUCAGCGCCGAUUGGUCAUCAAGUUCUUUAAAACUACGACUUUGGAGGCUUUUGUCGGUGAUGUGCCUAUCAAGACAACCCAGUGGAAUACCCAACGCCUUGGGGCAACAAACACUCUCUACGGCUCUUAUACGGCUCAGAUUCCCGGUACAGAGUAUAGAUCACCUGGGUACAAUAAUUCAAGGUGGAUUGUUGCGAACGAAACCAGCUCGCUUAGCACUUAUACUCCCCUGACCUUACCAGUCCUUUUCAGCUCUGAUUAUAGCUACUAUACCGGAGCCAAAAUUUAUCGUGGCUACUUUGACGGCAACAAUCAGACCACUGUUAAUAUCACUGCCUCUGGUGGUCUUGCGUUUAGGUGGAAUGUGUGGCUUAACGGACAACUUAUCGGGGGCUAUCCAGGCGACCCUAACCUAACCACUUUAAAUAUAACCCUGAAGCUUCUAAUAUCACUUCUAAAGUCGAAAGAUAAUGUUCUCACAGUCUUAGUGGACUACUAUAGUUAUGAUGAGACCUCAACCGCUUAA